CUCCGGACCCGAGCGGUGGCUGUCCGAAGUCAGGGUCGGGACAGGUGCAGGCGCAGCGGGGCGGAUCCUCUCAUUGUGUUCCGAAUUCAUGUGGGGAAUGGGGCGGGCUGUGUUCCCCUGACCGACUUUUGUGAUCCCCAUCGCCCCCGACGGAGCGGAGAUCAUGGCCCCUCAGGGCCACCAGGCCCCGCUGGAAUUCGGGGGCCCCCUGGGCGCCGCGGUGCUGAUGCUGCUGCUGCCUGCCACCAUGUUCCACCUGCUCCUGGUGGCUCGCUCAGGCCCGGCGCGCCUCCUGGGCCCAACCCCCUACCUGCCGGGCCUGGAGAUGCUGUGGAGCCAGCGGGCGCUGCUGCUAUGGCUCACCUGGUUCGGCCUGCAGGUGGCGCUCUACCUACUGCCGGCGCGCAAGGUGGCGGAGGGGCAGGAAUUAAAGGACAAGAGUCGUCUGCACUACCCGAUUAACGGCUUCCAGGCCCUGGUGCUAACAGCCCUGUUGGUGGGGCUGGGAGUGUUAGUGGGGCUGCCCUUGGGAGAGCUCUCGGAAAUGCUCCUGCCCUUGGCAUUUGUGGCCACACUCGCUGCUUUCAUCUUCAGCUUGUUCCUCUAUAUGAAGGCUCAGGUAGCCCCUGCUUCAGCCCUGGCACCUGGGGGCAACUCAGGCAAUCCUAUUUACGACUUUUUCCUGGGACGGGAGCUCAACCCUCGUAUUUGUUCCUUUGACUUCAAAUAUUUCUGCGAACUGCGGCCUGGCCUCAUCGGCUGGGUCCUCAUCAACCUGGCCUUGCUAGUGCAGGAGGCAGAGCUGCGGGGGAGUCCCUCAUUGGCCAUGUGGCUGGUCAAUGGCUUCCAGCUACUCUAUGUGGGUGAUGCACUCUGGCAUGAGGAGGCUGUCCUUACCACCAUGGACAUCACACAUGAUGGGUUUGGCUUCAUGCUGGCCUUUGGGGACCUAGUGUGGGUACCCUUCACCUACAGCCUGCAAGCCCAGUUCCUGCUGUACCACCCGCAGCCCCUGAGGUUGCCCAUGGCCUCCGUCAUCUGCCUCAUCAAUGCUAUCGGUUACUACAUUUUCCGUGGGGCUAAUUCCCAGAAAGACACCUUCCGAAAGAACCCUUCUGACCCCAGAGUGGCUGACCUUGAGACCAUCUCUACAGCCACAGGGAGGCAGCUGCUGGUGUCUGGGUGGUGGGGUAUGGUCCGCCAUCCCAACUACCUUGGAGACCUCAUCAUGGCCCUGGCAUGGUCCUUGCCCUGUGGAGUGUCCCAUCUGCUACCCUACUUCUACCUCCUCUACUUCACUGCACUGCUGGUGCACCGUGAGGCCCGGGAUGAGCAACAGUGCCUGCAGAAGUAUGGCCGGGCCUGGCACGAGUAUUGCCAGCGUGUGCCUUACCGCAUCCUGCCCUACAUCUACUGAAGCAGCUUUGCCCACCCAUCCCUCAGCACACCCUGCACUGGGAGCCUGGGCACAUCUGGACUCAACCAGCCCCUAAACCCUACCCCCAGCUCAGCCCUACCAGGCAGAGAUGAACAGCCUCAGAGAAGAGGCAGUUUGGAACAAGGAGAAAAAUGAAGCUGUUCCCCAAAAUGGAGAUGUUCUUCCUUUGGAUAAAUGUUCUGGAACUCUUAA